UCGCAUGCAUCAUCCUUCGCCUCGCGUUCAAUUAUCUUUUAAGACUGAGAAUUAAAACCAAGAGUCCAUUAACAACGGAGGGUGAGUGGUUGAUGGAUUUCACUUUCCCCUCGCACCGGGUCGAGAGAAACGGUCAUUACGGAGGGCUGGGCCGCCAUCUCCCCACCCACAUUAUCACCAUGUUUAUUGUCGCCAAAGGUUCACUGCUAUCAAGAUAGUUCACGUCCAUUGACCGUCGUCUACUUCGUGCGCAGCGUCCAAAUAUUUUGGCUAGCACGUUAGCUAGCAGGGAGGCAACUUUCAUUUUUUUAAAAAUGUAAAAUAAAACGUAUUUUAUAAGAUGCCGCGCGCGCCCACGACGCGAGGCAAUGGUUGUUUUUAAUUCACGACACGCGAGACAUGUUGUACGUUUUAAAGUUUUUGUUAACGGGACGUAGAAGAAGCCUCGACGUUGUGAGACGGAGACGCUACAGCGGAUGCUAAACGAAAGGGAGAGUAGGGGCGGGGAUGCUCUCGCUUCGCGUGUGUGCUCUUUGUUGGAUGAGUGCCGUGGAUGACAACCGUCCAGCUCGUCGCAACAACAGCAGCAGCAGCAGCAGCGGUGGAGGAGACAGCAGAGGAGACAGCGGCAGUGUGUGUGCGUGUGUGUGCGUGUGUGUCUAUCAUCGCAGGGGAGAGAAGUGAACCGGAGGAAGGAGAGAGAAAGGAUUUCCAGACACCAUCCAAGCAUGGCUACCCAAACGACAGCAUCAUGCACUGGAUCCACUCUGUUGCAGCCACUCAGCGAGAUGAUCAAUCUCCCCCUCGACCAGGUUAACUUUGUGGCAUGCCAACUGUUCGCCCUGCUGAUGGCUGUGUGGUUUCGGCUCUACCUCCACCCCAGUAAGACCAGUCCCUUCAUCAGACAUGUUGUGGCCACACUGUUGGGCUUCUACUUGGCUCUUUUCUGCUUUGGCUGGUAUUCCCUUCACUUCCUGGUACAGAGCGGCCUGUCCUACAGCGUCAUGGUCUUCGCCGGCCUGGAGAACAUGCACAAGUACUGCUUCAUUGUGACACUUGGCUAUCUUAUAUGCUGCCAGAUCACACGGGUCUACGUGUUUGACUACGGCAUGUACUCCGCAGAUUUUACAGGACCCAUGAUGGUUAUAACACAGAAGAUUACCAGCUUGGCAUUUGAAAUACAUGAUGGCUUGGCCAAGCGGGAAGGGCUGACUGCCAAUCAGAAAUACCUAGCUAUCAGCCGUAUGCCGAGCUUGCUGGAGUACCUCAGCUACAACUGCAACUUCCUGGGCAUCCUGGCAGGGCCCACCUGCUCCUACAACGACUACAUGGCGUUCAUCGAAGGGACGGGCUACCGGCCGCGCCACCACGAGAACGCCAACGGCAAGGAGAACGGGAAGUACAAGCAGACCGAGCCCUCCCCGAAGAAUGACGUCAUCUCCAAGCUGUGCACGUGUGCCGUCUCGCUGGGCAUCUAUCUGUCGCUGUAUAAGCUGCUCCCGGUGGAUUACUCCAUAAACGACGACUUCGUCAACUCCACGCCCUUCUAUCUCCAGGUCAUCUACCUUUACCUGGCAAUGCUGGCUCUGAGGCCAAAGUACUAUUUUAUCUGGACGCUUGCUGAUGCUAUCAACAACGCCGCCGGAUUUGGUUUCAAUGGGUACAACAAAGAUGGCUCCCCGCGGUGGGACCUGAUAUCAAAUCUCAGAAUUCUGGACAUUGAGUUUGCCACCAGUUUCAAGAUGUUCCUGGAUAACUGGAAUAUACAGACAGCCCUUUGGCUCAAAAGGGUCUGCUACGAGCGCUGUCCCGUCAACCCCACAGCCGCCACCUUCCUGCUGUCGGCCAUGUGGCACGGGGUGUACCCCGGCUACUACUUAACCUUCCUCACUGGCAUCGCCAUGACCAUGGCUGCACGCGCAGUGAGGCACAACAUCAGGCCGUACUUCCUGGUCUCAGACUCGUACAAGCGCAUCUACGACGUCAUCACGUGGGCGAGCACUCAGGUUGCCAUCAGUUACACGGUGGCGCCGUUUGUCCUACUCGCCGUGGGGUCCUCGCUCAAAUUCUACAGGUCUUGGUACUUCUGCUUACACAUCCUGUGCCUACUGGUGGUGCUGGCCCUACCCGUCAAAUCGAGGCGCCGACAGGCCAAAGGACAGCAGGACGGCGCACUGGACAAGCAGCCAGAUCACAACAGCACAGACAACAACUGCAACCAGAAAGACAAGACCUCGUGAGGCCCGUGACGACGAUGACGACGACGCGGGCCCCAUCAGCAGCAGAAACACUGACACAAACUAGAAAACACUGGGAGCUGGAGUGUGUCGAGUCUGUUUACCUGACAAAGAACCAAAUAUCUCUGAGAAUCCUACGAGACGGAAAAACACAAGUCAACGUCCUGUCAAAAGCUUCCAGCAGCGAGGAUAACAGCAGUCACACUUCUGACAUGGAUAAGAGACCGAGACGAAGAAAUGGCCAUGGCUUAGACUAACGAGCGAUAGCAGUUACAAUUACAUUAGUGAAAAAGAAGACUUCCAAGCUGCCUUAAACCCUCUAUGUACUCUGCAGGUGAAACGACGUGAGCGGAAGUGCAGUAUGUGGAGGGUUUUUGUCAUUGUCUGGAUACAAGCCUCUGUUAGGUGGCAACAGAAAACGUGUACAUGUAAAAGAAACAUAACUCUAUCAUCAGCUGCCAAUUUCAAACAGGCCUUAGGAUCCUCGAAAAAUAUUGUUUGAUUUCUAUGUCUUUUUUAAAAGUCUUUUCUUCAAGAAGAGUUCACAUUGUACGAGUUUUGUAUUUAGAUGUUUGUGACAACACUAUUGGAAAUCCAUUCUUGAUGCUUUUUUUUGUUUGUUCGUUUUUUUUUUUUGUUUUUUUUGUUUUUUUGUUGUUGUUUUUCUGGGGUGGUUUGGAAUACAGAUCUCGUCCGUCUCCAGCAGUGGAAAGUCUAAAAAAGAGGCACUCACAAGAUACUAAAUGGAUUUCUGUUCCUUUAUAUAUUUCUCCAUAUCUGCUGCUUGUUUCUUCGACAUGAACAUGACUCAUCAGAAAAAACGUGUGUUAAAAAGGGAGUUUGUGUUUCCUCCUGUGAAUUAGAAUACGUCUUUUUUUUUCUUUUAAGGAUUUUUGCCUUUCAGUUCAGGCUUCUCUUACUUUUUUUGUUUUGUUUUGUUUUUUAAUCUGCUCACACAUGAAAGGUUUCUUCUGUGUUCGAAACAUAUUGCUUCUGUAAUAUGAGUUUCCAAAAUGAUUUAAUAAUUAAUAAAAUUCCUUAAUAAUAGUUUCGGGAAAGACAUUGGAUUAUUUAAAUUGUUCUUUUUAGUACUUGUAAAGUUGACGUAGUUGUCUUAAAUCCUACUAAUGCAACAGAAGUACAAUUAGAUCCCUGCAUUGGCGUGUAAUUUUAAUUGUCAUAAGGUUUUGUAGCCAUAACUAUUAAAAGCCAAUUGAAUGUAAGACAAAUUGAUGCACAGACUACAGAUUCCAUGCACAAUUUGCAUUUGUCUAUGAGGAAAAUCCAACACAGUUAUUUAAAUGUGUGACAUAGUAAUAUUGUACAAAAUUCAAAGACAUAGGCCAGCGGUUGUGGUAAAUGGUCUUAUUUCAUAUUGUGUGCACUUAAUGUUAGACUAGGGGAUGUUUCAGGGUGCGUCUACUGUAGGUGUAAGAGACACUGGUUCCUCAUGGUGUUUUGUUUCAUCCAUGGCUUGCCUGAAGCCUCUCAGAUCAUCAAGUUUGCUCUUUACGGAGUUCAAACAGCCACCACUGGGCUACUUUAUUUUCGCAGAGAAACCGUGUUGCAGAUAAUCUAAAGCACGUCUCACUAAAAGACUGGGGAUUAUUCUGGGGAUUUCGAGCUCAUUUCAAAUAUCAGCACACCCUUCAUGAAAAUCUCUGAGUAAUUUUAGUUGAAUUCCUGUUGUACAAAAUAAUAACAAAGCGCCAGAAGUGAGCUUUGAGACACUCUAUUGCGUUUUAAGACCUUCUAACACUUGCAUUUCCUUGCCAUAACUGUAUGUGUACCAGUAUCCAUGUGUUGAUGUAAACUAUAUCUGUAGCCUGGGCCGUGUGCAGGCGAGCGCGGCCCACCCAAGGGAAAGGGACGUCGUCCUGCAAACAUAGCGAUUAUUGCACUGCAUGGCCACCCGAACCAGCAGAUCAAUGCAAACUGGCUCCAUAUGUCCAAAGUGCCAAAUCAUGAGCGGCGCAUUUUGUUUUUGUGGGUAUGCCUGCCUGUGUGUGUUUGUGUGUACGUGUGCCUGUGUAACAUAAUGGUUAUUUUUGUGUCGGAAGGAAAUUUAUUGAAAGAUUUGUAUAACAGUACAUUAAAAUUCUGAUUUAUGUGGCAAAAAUAAAGAGAAAUUAUUUUUAAAUGCUAAAA